AUGGGGCUUUUUACAGAAGAUGCAGACAUUAAUGCGGAUAAGUUGAUUAGGAUUUGGGUUUCAGAAGGUUUUUUGAAAACAACUAGUCAUAAAAAGUUGGAAGAGGUUGCGGAAGAGUGUUUAGUGGAUCUAGUUAGCAGAAGUUUGAUCAUUGUUAGUAGAAGAGGGGCCAGUGGCAAAAUUAGAAGUUGUAGAAUUCAUGACCUUGUUCGACUUCUAUGCUUGAGAGAGGGAGAAGAUGCCAAGUUUUUUCAUGUAAAAGGUAAAUGUUUCAAAGUGUCUCCUGAAGGUAAGCAGGUUAUACGGCGAUUAUGUUUGCAUCCAGAUGAUUUACAAAACAAGAAUCUUGGACUAGAGAAAGAUAGUUUGGAUUCAGUUCGUACCAUCUUGUGCUUGGGCGAACCCAAUACUUAUCUAGAGGACCCUGAAUGCUGCAAAAAGAUCAAUUCUCGUUUUCAACUGUUAAGGGUACUGGAUCUUGAAAGUAUUCGCUUUUCAUGUUUUCCAAGUGAGAUAACACAACUAGUACAGUUGAGAUAUGUUGCUUGUACCACUGGUACCGAUGUUCCAGCAUCAAUAUCCAACCUAUGGAAUCUACAAACAUUGAUUAAUCAAUUAUCCCUGCCGCAGGAAGUUUGGAAGUUGUCAAGUUUGAGACAUUUCAAUCCUGGGGGAAUGUGUGUGCAUGCCCCUUCCAUCACACAUAAUAUUUUGGGUCUUGAAAACUUAGAAACAGUUGAUUCGACACGCACUGCUAAUUCCAAUUGGAAGGAAAUCUUUUCAGCAGUCCCUAGAGUACAGAAAUUGGGAGUUUUGAUCCAUCCAGAUCAUAAUGGAUGGUCUAAAUUUAUUGGUAGUCUUGUCUCCUUAGCUGAUCUCCAGAAGCUAAGAAUUCAUCUCGCAAUUCCAUCUUCUGGGAGAAAUUGGAAUCUAAAUGAAGGAGGCUUCAUGAAACUCAAGUUGCUACACAUUUUCAUGACGAACUUGGUGCACUGGGAAGCAACCAGUGAUAGUCUUCCUAGCCUUGAGUGUCUAAUCCUAAGGCAUUGCUAUUAUUUGGAGGUUCCUACAGAGAUUGGAGAUAUUCCCACAUUAGAAUUGAUUGAACAUCAUUACUGUAGCCAAGCUUCCGUCACUUCUGCAGAGGAAAUUCUAGAAGAAGAACAAAGCUAUGGAAAUGAAAUUCUUGUUGUCCGUACCUGCAAUACUGGAGUACAAUAUUUUGACAUGAAACGUGAAGGAGAUGAAGAAGUUGCUGUUGCUUCCACCAACGAAUCAGAUAUGACAUAUAAUCAUACGAGCAAUAUGGCUAGUAAUGUCGUUGCAAAGAUGAGGGCAGAAGUAAUUAAUGUCAAGAGUGAGGAUCUUAUGAAACUAAUAGGACAGCACAAGAACAGAUGCAUUGAAGAUGAAGAGCUAAUCUAUCUUCAUUGGGCCGCUGCCAACUUUGAUAAUACUUCAAUUGAUAGUCCUAAUAGUAGAUACAGUAGUUCCGAUCUCUUUCUGGAUAGAGCUGCCAACAGGGUUGAGAUAUGGCCUCUGCAAAGGUAUCAGGUUCAAAAAGAUGGAUGA